AUGCUAGGUGCAAUUCUUCUAAUUGCGGCUUUUUGGGUGUUGCUGCGUUCGCUGCGCUCUGUGUGGACAGGUUUCUCAGGUUCGAGUGCAGCGACAAAGAAGAAACUAAAAGCCGCGAAGAGGAAUCGCUUUGAGGACUUUCUCCUCGACGAUAAGGUGCGUGCUGGAUCGAGUGGCUUAUCGAAUGGCGUUUCCGCUGCCCCAGUUACCGCAUCCGACGCUGCAGCUAGCAUUAUUCAAGAGGCGUUUGAGAACGCUACCACAGGCGGCUUACCUGUGCUUGUUCUCUACGGAACGGAAUACGGCUUUUCCCGUCAGGUGGCGAAGCACGUGGCAACCGAGCUAUCGCAACGUCUCCAGGGUCGCGUCUCGCCGCGAGUGCUAAACAUGCUCCACCACGAUGUGGUUGAUUUUCGGCGUGAACCGAUACUGUUGGUGGUCUGCUCCACCACCGGUGACGGGGUCGUUCCGAGUGACGCUCGUGCGUUCGCAGACCGCCUGGAAGCACGCUCGCUCCCGGUGUCAGCGGAUACGCGCUAUGGUGUGCUUGCUUUAGGCGACCGCGCCUAUCCUCACUUUUGCCGCGCCGGAAAGCUCCUCUCCGAGUGGUUCCAAACGCUGUGUCCGGGACCAGGUGCAGCGCUCGCCGAAAGGAUGGAUGUGGAUCAGGAAGACUGGACAGCCAUCAAUGCGUGGAUUCACGCAGUGGUUUCGGCACUGGAGAAGGAACUGUCGAAGCGCUCCCUGCCUGUCCCGGAAUCCGACUAUCUUCGAGCCAGUAUUAUGCAAGGAGGAGCCCUGCUUGCCGAAUUAGCAAACGAUAUGAGUCGGCGAUAUUCGAAAGAGGCACCGUUUCUCGCCCGGAUGGUGGUGAAACGCCUGCUCACGCGCCUGGUGGAGCCCGGUGACAAAGAAACCUAUCACAUUGAACUAGACAUUACUGGGUCAGAUCUGAACUAUCUUCCAGGGGAUGCGCUCGGUGUGAUUCCACGGAACGCUCCCGAUAUCGUUCGAGAGACGCUGGCGGCGUUGCGUAUGCAGGGCUCCGAGCCCCUGGACGACCAAACUUCGGUGCGUCAGUGGCUCGAGGAGCGCGCUGAUCUCAAACAUGUACGCGGUUCAGCGCUGAUUGCUCUGCUUCGGAAAUCUCUCGACAAGAGUACCGCUGCGGACGAGUGCGAGCUUGCGGAUACGCUCCUUCACGACGACCAAACGAUGCAAGCGUUUCUCUACGGACGCGAGCUCGCAGAUGUGUUGCUUGCGUUCCCAUCGGCGCGUUUGGCGCCGUGUGAACUCACCCAAGUCGUCCGCUCGCUGCAACCUCGCUUCUAUUCCAUUGCGUCCUCCCCGACAGCACACGAUCCGCAGAAAAUCGCGCUCACUGUGGCCGUCGUACGGUAUGCAUGUCAUGGGCGCAACCACAAAGGAGUCGCAACGUGCUACCUCGCAGAUCAGGUCCAGCCCGGAGAUCUAGUGCCUGUGUUCCUUUCGCGCAACCCGAACUUCCGCCUGGUCUCUGAUCCCCAGCGCCCCGUCGUGAUGAUCGGACCUGGUACCGGUGUGGCGCCUUUCCGCGCAUUCACUGCCGAACGCAGAGGUUGCACGGGGCGAACGCUGUUGUUCUUCGGCAGUCGCCAUCGUGAUCGCGAUUUCCUCUACGGAGACGAGUUCGAAGCGUUGGCUCAGACCGGUCAAAUCGAGCUGUACACCGCGUUUUCGCGAGACCAGUCCGAAAAAAUAUACGUACAACACCGCUUGGUGGAACGGGCUCGUGAUCUGUUCGACUUGAUUUGGCGGCACGGCGCCUAUAUUUAUGUGUGUGGAGAUGCCGCACAGAUGGCGCGUGAUGUCGACCACGCCAUACGUAAGAUAUUGGCCACCGAAGGAUCACUCAGCACUGAUCAGGUCGACGCAUUCAUGCAAAAACUGGAACGCGAGCAACGCUACCAGCGGGACGUCUGGGUGGAGUAA